GUGUGAAAUAUUUUUUUCUUGUUUCAUUUUUCAAUUUUCUCAUCGCAAUCAAAAAAAAGCAAACAAACCAGACCACCAAAGAACAAAAAAUAAAAUAAAUUAAAUUUAAAAAAAAAUGUCAGCAAAAGCUAUAUGUGAAGCAACCGGUAAAGAUUUACUUAAUCGUUUUCUGAAUUCUACGGCCAUUACAUCACGUUUUAUAUCGGUGAAUGAGAAUGCAAAUCUUAAAGAUUUGGCCGUGCAAAAUGCAUGGCUUAAAAUGGAGAAAUUAGUCAUCAAACCUGAUCAAUUAAUAAAACGUCGUGGUAAACUUGGCCUAGUUAAAGUAGGCACCGAUCUUAAUGGUUGUAAAGAAUUUCUUAAUAAACAUAUGUGCAAAGAUAUUCAGAUUGGUUCAUCAGUUGGUAAACUUCGAAAUUUUAUUAUCGAACCAUUUGUUCCACAUACACCGGAAGAAGAAGCAUAUGUUUGCAUUUAUUCAUAUCGUAAUGCUGAUGUUAUACUUUUUCAUCAUCUUGGUGGUGUUGAUAUUGGUGAUGUUGAUUCAAAAGCAUUAAAAUAUGAAAUUCCAAUCGAUGGAUCGAUUGAUGAAAAAGAAGUUUAUGAUAAAUUAUUAAUUAAUAUGCCAUUGGAAAAACGUGAAUUGGUUACAAAAUUUAUUGUCGAUCUAUAUCGAGUAUAUGUACAAUUAUAUUUUACUUAUCUGGAAAUUAAUCCAUUAGUGAUUACCAAGGAUUCCAUUUAUAUUAUUGAUUUAGCGGCCAAACUUGAUGCAACGGCUGAAUAUCUUUGUAAACAAAAAUGGGGUGAAAUUGCAUUUCCACCACCAUUUGGACGUGAUGCAUUCCCUGAAGAAGCUUAUAUUGCUGAUCUUGAUUCAAAAUCUGGUGCCAGUCUAAAAUUGACCAUAUUGAAUAAAAAAGGUCGUAUUUGGACAAUGGUUGCUGGUGGUGGUGCUUCAGUCAUUUAUGCCGAUACUAUUUGUGAACUUGGUGGUGCAUCAGAAUUAGCCAAUUAUGGUGAAUAUUCUGGUGCUCCUUCCGAACAACAAACAUAUGAAUAUGCAAAAACAAUUUUAUCAUUGAUGACCAAAGAACGACAUCCAGAAGGCAAAAUAUUACUUAUUGGUGGUGGUAUUGCUAAUUUUACUAAUGUUGCUGCCACAUUUAAAGGAAUUGUCAAAGCAUUGAGAGAAUUUCAAACCAAAUUAAUCGAACAUAAUGUAUCAAUUUUUGUACGUCGUGCUGGGCCAAAUUAUCAGGAAGGUUUACGUGUGAUGCGUGAAACUGGUAACACAUUAGGUGUACCUGUACAUGUUUUCGGUCCAGAAACACAUAUGACUGCCAUUGUAGCAAUGGCAUUGAAACGAAAAGAAAUUCCUAAACUGCCUGAAACAAAAUUGACAACAGCAAAUUUUUUGCUACCAAGCCAUAUGGGUGCCGAUGCUUUUUCACCUGGCUUUAACGGUGGUGGAGGUAUGACAUCACCAUCAAUUAAUAGUAGUUUUUCACCUGUAUUUUCACCACCACCAAUCUCAUCACAAACAACAAAAUUUACUCGUCCAUUAUUUACAUCACGUACACGUGCAAUUGUUUGGGGAAUGCAAAGCCGAGCCGUACAAUCGAUGCUUGAUUUUGAUUUUGCCUGUUCACGUAAAGAAUGGUCAGUUGUAGCAAUGAUUUAUCCAUUUUCCGGUGAUCAUAGACAAAAAUUUUAUUGGGGUCAUAAAGAAAUUCUAAUUCCAGUUUAUAAAAAUAUGUCCGAUGCUAUGAAUAAACAUCCACAAGCAGAUGUAUUGAUAAGUUUUGCAUCAUUACGUUCAGCAUAUGAUUCAACAUUGGAAACAUUGAAAUUUCCACAAAUUCGUACUAUAGCUAUAAUUGCUGAAGGAAUACCGGAAAAUCUUACACGUAAAAUGAUUAAAUUGGCUCGUUCAAAAGGUGUAACAGUAAUUGGACCGGCAACUGUUGGCGGUAUUAAACCCGGUUGUUUCAAGAUCGGUAAUACUGGCGGUAUGAUGGAUAAUUUAUUGAGUUCAAAACUUCAUAGACCUGGUUCGGUUGCAUAUGUUUCUCGAUCAGGUGGAAUGUCAAAUGAAUUGAAUAAUAUUAUUUCACGAUCAACAAAUGGUGUUUAUGAAGGUAUUGCUAUUGGUGGUGAUCGUUAUCCUGGUACAACAUUUUUGGAUCAUUUAUUACGUUAUGAAGCUGAUCCAGAAGUCAAAAUGAUGGUAUUACUUGGUGAAGUUGGUGGUGUUGAAGAAUAUGAUGUUUGUGAUGCAAUAAAAGAUCGUCGAUUGACAAAACCAUUGAUUGCAUGGUGUAUUGGAACAUGUGCCAGUAUGUUCAAUUCGGAAGUACAAUUUGGACAUGCCGGUGCUUGUGCUAAUUCGGAUCAUGAAACAGCUGUGGCUAAAAAUAAAGCAUUACGUGAACAUGGUGCACAUGUACCGAAUACAUUCGAUGAACUUGGUAAUGUUAUUAAUCAAGUUUAUCAACAAUUGGUUGAAGCACAGAUUAUUGUUCCUAAAGAAGAAGUUGCUCCACCAACCGUUCCAAUGGAUUAUGAUUGGGCACGUGAAUUAGGUAUUAUUCGUAAACCUGCUUCAUUUAUGACAACCAUUUGUGAUGAACGUGGAAAUGAAUUAACAUAUGCUGGCAUACCGAUUACACGUGUGAUUAAAGAAGAAUUAGGUAUUGGUGGUACAUUAUCAUUGUUAUGGUUUCAACGACGUUUGCCUACUUAUGCUACAAAAUUUUUCGAAAUGGUUCUUAUGGUAACUGCUGAUCAUGGACCAGCCGUAUCUGGUGCCCAUAAUACAAUUGUAUGUGCUCGUGCUGGUAAAGAUCUUGUUUCAUCAUUGGUUUCUGGUCUUUUGACUAUUGGUGAAAGAUUUGGUGGUGCAUUGGAUGGUGCUGCACGACAAUUUAGCCAAGCAUAUGAUUCGAAUAUAAUUCCUAUGGAAUUUGUUAAUCAAAUGCGUAAAAAAGGUGAACUUAUAAUGGGCAUCGGUCAUAGAGUCAAAUCUAUUAAUAAUCCUGAUAUGAGAGUUAAAUUAAUGAAAGAUUAUGUUAAACAAACAUUUCCAUUGACACCAGUAUUGGAUUAUGCACUUGAAGUGGAAAAAGUAACCACAUCAAAGAAACCUAAUCUAAUUCUUAAUGUUGAUGGUAUUGUUGCCGUAUCGGUUGUUGAUCUUCUUCGUAAUAGUGGCUGUUUUACACGUGAAGAAGCACAAGAAUAUUUGGAUAUUGGUGUAUUGAAUGGACUUUUUGUUCUUGGACGAACUAUCGGUUUUAUUGGACAUUAUUUGGAUCAAAAACGAUUGAAACAAGGAUUAUAUCGUCAUCCAUGGGAUGAUAUAUCAUAUAUUCUACCCGAACAAAGUAGUAGUAGCAAUUCGAUACAAUAAAUAAAUGAACAAAAUGAAUUCCUGAAUUCGAUUAGUCAAAAAUUUUGUCAAUCGGUGGUGUCAAUCUGUCUAUCUCAAAUGUCUUUUAAAACAAACAAUAUUUA